UCACGUCGUUGCUUUAAAUGGAAGUGGGAAUAAUUAAUUGUGGUUUGUAAUCUGUGCAAGAUGGCCUUCGCCUUAUACCUACUAUUAUUUCCGACAAGUUAUAAUGCACGGAUUGAAUUUAUAGACGCAAUGAGUGCCAGUCACCUCUAAAGUAAGGUUUGGAACUAAUAUGGUAAUGGAAGCCGAAGACAUCGAAUCCUCGGAGCAUUUAGACAGCGAAACUGAACGGGGAAUCUACCCCUCGACGGUGGGCGGGACUGAAAAUUCUUCGGAGGCGGCAAAAGGACGAAAACCACGCCGAAGACGGACGGCUUUCACUCAUGCGCAGCUCGCAUAUUUGGAGAGAAAAUUUCGAUGUCAGAAAUAUUUAUCGGUGGCUGACCGCAGCGAUGUUGCUGAUGCUCUGAACUUGUCCGAAACGCAAGUUAAGACGUGGUAUCAAAACAGAAGGACUAAGUGGAAGAGACAAAAUCAACUACGAUUAGAACAAUUAAGACACCAAGCUUCAGUUGAAAAGGAACUAAUGAAUGCAGGAAAUCUGACUAAUCCUGCAGGAGAUAACACACCUUGUUGUCAGCCAGCAGUAAUACCACGCUAUGGGGCACAAUCUCCUUGUAGUUUUUUGACAACAGCAGCUGCCGCCAUUUUUCAUAAUGUCACAUAUGUACAUGGCUGCCAACUGUAAUGUUAUUGAGUUUUUUUUUCUGUACAUAAUUUAUAAAUUUUUGUGAUAUAAUAGGUAAGUAAAAUUAGAAUAAUAUAGAACAAAAAUAGACUAGUACUUGUUUCUCACAAGGUUGCGAAAGGCGAACACCGCAAUUCACAUAAGCAAGAACUGACUACAUUCUCAAGUUGUACACUUUGUACGACUACGACUAAGAUUUUAUUAUAGACGUGCAUACUUGUAAUUUAUGUUUUGAUUGUUCAAGCGAGUAGAACUUUUCAUCAACAAAUUUUCAUCUUUUUAUGGUUGUUAUUAUUGUAGUACCAUUGUUACUGAUGUAAAUAUAUUUUUAUUAUCACUAUUAUUAACAUUGCCAUUGUCAAGUGUAAAUAUUAAGAUGGUAGUUGCAUACUGUAUAUUGCUGAACCUGUUCAUAUUACAAUGUUAUAUUUUGUUUUACGAUGUACCUUUGUAUGUGCACGUUUUUAUUUAUUGUUAAACACAAAAAUCUUAAAAAUGUAAUAAA